CCCUUCCUUUUCGAUUCUUGAACUUCCAUAAAGUAUAGCUCAGAUAUUCAUUACUCUCUCUCUCUCUCUCUCUCUCUCUCAAAUUGCUUUUUUAUAAUAGAAAGAAAAUGGCAAGCCAAGGUAAAGAAGGAUAUGGAGUUUCGGAACAGAGGAUUGACUGUGAAUUCAAGGUGGUGCUGAUAGGAGACUUUGAGAUUGGGAAGUGUAAGACACUGGCACCUUAUGAACGCAAAGAGACUGAACCUGGUACCUUCAUUGUCAAGUACGAGACCCAAACCCUUCACAUCGAGAAAAAGAGUGUCAAGGCCCAUAUCUCGGGCAUCAUUCCCACAAAACAAAACAAUAUAGAUUCAAAUGCAGAUUAUGCUGAUGGGGUAAUACUGGUUUACGACAUAACUAACCACACGAGUUUUGAUGGCAUGACUCCUUUCCUGGAAGAGCUGCGUCGCCAUGCAAAGAAGAGACAAGCUAUCAUUCUGAUAGGGAACAAACUUGAUUCCGAGAUAGUUCGUAAAGUUGAAAUAGAGGAAGCUUGUGUAUUUGCUGAGAAGAACAAUUUGAUUUUCCGGAAGAUGUUGGCAUUGGAAGGAACUAAUUUUGAUGAUGCCUUAAAGGAUUUGUUGACACGGCUUGUGAACAAUACCGGCACCAAUACCGACACCAAUACUGGCACCAAUACCAUCACCACCACCUCCACCAAAACCACCACCUCCAAUAUCGCCAUCAACGAUAAUACCAACAAUUGCAAGAUUAUGUAAGGAGUUUAUGAAAUAAAUGCAUGGGGAAGUUCUUAGAUGUUAUGUAAUAAAUAGAAUGAAUGUUUUGAUAAUGCAGGCUAAAUAAAGCCAUGCAUCUAUCCUUUCCAGGAGCAAGAGUGAAAGAAGAGAAACACAAUAACAAAGUGUUCUACUCCUCUUCCAUGCUCCAUUCUAUCUUUCUCUAUGUGCUUUGUGAGUGUGAGUCUUUCUUUGAGUGGUUUGAGUGUUUGGAAGUGUGAGUGUGUGUGCUGGGAUUAGUUUCCUAAAAUCACAAUGUAUGGAUUUAUCUUUCUAAUAAAUAUUUUUUUAUAUAUGAGAUUAUUUGUGUUUGAAAAUUG